UGAACCAAAUCCUCUGAAGUGGGAGGAAAAAAUCCGGGGAAAGAUGCCGUCCAGGAAGAAAACCUCCAUGUUUGCCUCUUCCUUUUGUACCUGCGUGAGCUCCUUCGUGGUGAUCUGCGUGGUGCUGGCGACGCCGCAGUGGGUGAGCAGCGAGGUUCGGUUCUCGCGCACCGGCUCCACCGUCACCGUCAGCCUCGCCUACGGCCUCUUCAGUGGCACCUGUGAGCAGUUCGUGGAUGCAGGACUCCAGGUGUCCAAAACCUCCUUCCAAGUGUCAGAGGUCCUGAGCAGCACCAGGAGCAGGAGCCUGAACGUGGCCACCAUCGUGCUGCUGGUGCUGGCCCUGCUGAGCUCCCUGCUCAGCUCUGGCUUCACCUGCACCAACGCUGUCAGCAACCCCUACCAGACAUUCCUGGGACCCGUCGGGGUCUACACCUGGAACUCCGUGUGUGGAGUCCUCAUCCUCAUAGCCAUGAUCCUUUUCCCUGUGAACGUGGAAGGAAACAGCCUCUCUGAAGAGCUGGCCCACAGCUGCUCCAGCUCCCUGCAGACACACCUUGGAUCCAAACACAGCUAUGGAUAUUCCUACUGGAUCAUGCUGCUCAUCCUUUUCCUGAACAUUGCUUCUCUCAUCAUCAUCUAUUUCUACGACCACGCCAGAUAUUCCAAGAAGAAAGAGCAGGAAAGACCCAUAGAAAAUGCACCCAAGGAUGUUAUUCUGUUUUAA